AUGACUUCCCCUAUUUUCGAACCUCUUGACAUUGGACAAUGCCGGCUCCAACACAGGAUUGUUAUGGCACCUAUGACCCGAUUUCGCACCGAUUCAGAUCACAGCCCUCUGCCAAUUACCAAGGAAUACUACAGUCAACGAUCACACACCCCCGGUACAUUGAUAAUUAGCGAGGGCACAGCAGUGUCAGAGACGCUCGUGGGCCUAUCUCAAUGGGCUGGUUGUUGGAGCGAAACCCAGUUACAGAAGUGGAAGGAUAUCACCCAAGAAGUCCAUUCCAAAGGUUGCUACCUCUUUCUGCAACUUUGCUGUGCAGGUCGCACGGCCGACAAAGGAUUUCCAAAACUCUCGUCUGGCGACAUCCCCCUCGAGGCUAAAGCUAGUGCCAUAGAGACAGAGGACGACGACAUACCACCAAAGCCGAUGAACGACCAGGAAAUCCAAGACGCCAUUCGCGACCACGCCAUUGCUGCUCGCAAUGCCAUAGCCGCUGGCUUUGACGGAGUUGAGCUUCACGGUGCCAACGGCUAUCUCAUCGAUCAAUUUAUUCAAGAGUCUUGCAACAACAGGACAGACAAAUGGGGUGGUUCGGUCGAGAAUCGAUCGCGGUUCGCAUUGGAAGUCACUGCUGCUGUCAUUGACGCUAUUGGUGCAAAUCGGGUCGGCUUCCGCAUCAGUCCCUGGAGCACAUACCAUUCCAUCGUGCCAUGUGACCCAGAGGCUCAAUUCACUCACCUGGUCCGCGAAUUGAAAAAAAUGGAACUGGCGUACCUUCAUGUCAUUACAUCUCGCGUGGACAACUGGUAUGACGUGGACCGUACAAAGCCCCUCGACUUUGUCUUUGAUAGUUGGAGAAGAGACAAGCCAGUGAUCAUCACCGGUGGCUUUGAUGCCGAAUCAGCGAAGCGCGCCGUUGAGGAGCACAAUGGCUUCAAUGUUGCCAUUGGCUUUGGUCGCUCAUUUGCUUCAACGCCGGAUUUAGUGGCCUGCAUUAAGAAAGGCAUCGCUCCGAACCCUUUCAACGGCGACCUAGCCUAUACCCCCCGUACUCCAAAGGGAUACAUCGAUUAUCCUUUUCUUUCCUAG